AUGAUUCGCAUUCACCGUUUAUGGACUCAGAGUGGGUCUCAUGGGAAUCAUAAUGGUAUUAUGAAUGGUCUUCGUGUUCCUCUUUCUCGCCGUAUUUUGCAGGGUAACUGCCAUUCAUUGGGUGCUUUUCUCAUCACAGUGCGAUGUGUGCAGUACGAACGUACAUCUGAAACACUUCGAGGAAUUAAUAAAAAGAAUCGCACCCUCUCAACACCAUGGAUUACAAAAAGUACAAAAGACUAUAUGACCGAGGAGGAUGCGCAGGUGGCAUCUGUUAAUCCAGUUAAAGACAAAUUGAGACGAAAUUCAAAGGAACGUAAAGAUCGUUUUCUACGAGUUGCGGAGGAAACAGACCGUAUCUUUGAUACUGAAAUGGAUAGAAUGCGUGAUUAUAAUGUGCGACGAUGGAAAAAAGGUAUUACUUUUUUUAAGAGACAAGGUUUGGCAUUUACUGUACUUUACAUUUCUGCUUAUUUACUAUGCCUUGGUCUAUUAUAUGUUGGGUUUGCCACAGGAGUACUUAAAAAGGAAGCAGCAUAUGAAUUUAUGUUCUUUUUUCUUGAGAGGUACAUUGAUAAGGAGAUGUUUUACACACGAGUGGAAGCGUGGGGCAAAUAUAUUGAUUUUGGAUUUGCAUUUGUAAUCAAUGAAAUGUUGGAAUUUAUACGUUUCCCAUUUAUGAUUUACACUUUCUAUACUUUUCGACCGUACUUGACGGGAAUUUCUAGGCGCGUGAAACCAUCAUUGUUUAGAUGGAAUGCUGCAGAGUCAUAA